CGUGUUUGGGCUCUUCUGUCAAAGUUGCUUGAAUUUAAGUUAAGUUAGUAAUUCAAAUAUGUUUCGGAAACCUGUUAAAACUAAAACAUUUUUUAACUUAAAAUCGUCGGAUAAGAAAAAGUUUCAUGCAAAUGUGAAAAGCCGAUUUUUCUUAACUGAUGAGGACAUAGUAUCUUUAUUUCCCUCCAAAGAACCUAUAACAUGUCAUCGGUUGGUUACAGUCUCCAAGGAUCUGGUUAAUGCUUAUGGGUGUCAAAAUAGACCUUUAUUUUUUGAAACAGAAGAAGUUCUGUACCCGACAAUAUUUUCCCUAUGGAUAUGCCCAAAACUUUUACCAUCGAUACCUAUGCAUGGAGGUUUAAUUGAAAAACUGGUUAAUGGGGCUGAUUUAAUGAUUCCUGGAGUGACUUUAAGCUUAGAUGUUUGUAAAAAAAAUGAAAUAGAUAAAAAUACACUUGUUUAUGUUUGUACAUUAGGUAAUAUAGCCGCUGUUGCUGUCGGUAUCACUACUACCUCUACUAAUAAUAUGCUACCAGGUAAUAAAGGCAAGGCUGUUCACAUUUACCAUACAGUUAAUGAUGAAUUAUGUAAACUAUUUGAAAUGAAAGAUCCUAUUCCAAAUAUAGGGCCUCUUAUUACUGGAAACUGUCAGGUAACCUCAACAAUAGAGGAUUCUGUAAAUCAGGUGCCUACAACAGAUCCAGCCCGAAACAUCGACUCACUUAUUAAAUCCCUGAGUGUAGAUGAUAUUACAUUUCCAGCAGAACAGCCACAGGAAAUUGUCUCAGUUGGUGGGGAAGCAGAGGUUAUUGAAAAGAAUGGGGGAGUUAAUCAAGAAAUGACAAUGGAUGAGUUAAUUAUGUUCUGUUUUUUAAAAUCUUUGAAGACAACUGCUUCGAAAAUGAAACUACCUAUAUUAACUAAUAUAUUCUACAAAAAUCAUAUGAUAGAAUCACUGCCUGAGGACUCUUAUGUUGAUAUAAAAAAAAGUAAAUAUAAAAAGCUAUCCAAUUUUUUGUCUGAAGUUGCUGAAAAAGGCAUAAUAUCCUUACAAACUGACAAAGGGGUUCAAUCCAUAGUAUCAAUUAAUUAUAAUCACGAAAUGCUUCGAAACUUUAAAGUUGAAAAAAAAAACAUCCCUGAAAGUAAUACUCCAAUCAAAUUUGAAGUUGAAGAGAAAUAUGUUAUUAAUGGCUGUGUUCAUAGCAUUUUUUCCAAAUAUAAUUAUAAAAAAGGUGAUAGUUUAUUAAGUCAUGAAGUUCGUAAAUGUAUAACAGCUUAUGUAAAAAAUGGAAACCUUGUAGAUCCUGAUAGAGACCAGUAUAUCAGAUUGGAUGAUACAUUGUCUAGGAUAUUAGGAACCAAAGAAAGUCUCAUAACUUGGGAAAAGUUAUUUGAUGGUAUUUUCAAGAAAAUGAGCAAUAUAUAUUUUGUAAAAACACCCUAUACUGGUAUAAUUUCUGGUAAAGGAAAAUUGCCAUUAAUUAAACUGUCUGUUGUUACCAAGGCUUCUAACAAAAAAGUUACUUUAGUUGACAACCUUGAAGUAUUUGGAAUUAAUAUAAAUGAAUUCUCUAAACAAUGUCAGCAUGGUGUAGCAGCCAGUUGCACCAUAAACACUUCCCAAAAUUCAAAAUCUGUUCAAUUUCAAAUUCAAGGGAAUCAAAAAGGCUUCAUUGCUCAACUACUGAUUGAAAAAUAUGGAAUACCAAAGAAGUAUAUUGAAGGAUGUGAAGACCAAAAGAAAAAAGAAUCUCCUCCAAACAAGAAGGAAGAAAAAAAUCACAAAAAAUGAAUACCUAAGUUGAAUAUAUUUUAAGAUGACUUAAGUUCCUUGUCCUCUGGAUUUUAUAAUCAAAAAGGUUUGAUUAGUAUAACGUGAUACCUACCGAAGUAUUGUAAAAACUGACUUUUUUAUAAGACUUAAAUUUUAUUGAGCUUGGACCUUGUUUUGUGUAAGAGUCCGUUAUGCCAACACAGUUUAAAUUUUAAUUUGAAACUGUGUAGGUGAAAUGGGCUUAAAAUGUGUUGAAGUUCAUUAGUGAGCUUAGGGUGAUCAUCUUAUGAAUUAAGUAUGCAAGGUACUCAUAAACCUUGAAUAUUAUUGUGUUUUAAAAAGAUGUUUAUGGAUGACCAUGGCACUAAUGUAUAGAUUUGGUUAUAAGUUAAUUACGUUCUUUGUUCAUGUAUUCACGAUGGUCAAAAAUUUAAUUUACCCAUUUUAAUACUUACUUACUUACUGCUGGGCGCUAUGGCCCUACAAGGACCUGGACCUCCUCAAAGAUUCCAAGCCAGUAAUUCCUAUCUCUCGCUCAUGUCCUCCAUCUUCUUACUCCAAGCAACUUGAGAUCCUCUUCAACUUCAUCCAACCAUCGCAUUCUUGGCCUUCCUCUGUAUUGCUUCCCUCCAAUUUUUCCAUAUAGCAGGCGUCUUAGAAUUCUAUUUUCUGGCAUCCUUUCCACGUGUCCGAGCCAUCUCAAGCGCGCUUUUUUCACCAAGUCUGGUUUGCCAUACAUUGCACGGAACUUGUAAUUGUUUCUUAAACGCCAUGUGCUACUUUCUCUUAUUGGCCCAUAUAUCCUCCGGAGUAUUUUUGUUUCCCAGACAUUGAGCUUCCUUUCACUUUCACUGGUCAAAACCUAUGAUUCACUGCCAUAUGUAACUAUAGGUCUCAGUAUGGUUUCAUAAAUCAUGAGCUUUGUUUUUUUGGAAAGAGCUUUAAACUUUAGCAUUCUUUGUAUGGCAUAAGGGCACUUGUUACCUGCAGCCAGCCUGGCAUUCACUUCUUCUUUCGUACUGUUGUCAUGUGUAAUGACUGCAACCAGGUACUUGAAUGUGCUUGCACUUUUAAAACUGUGAUCGCCACAAGCUACUAUAAAAUACUAUAAUAACCAACCAAACAAUAUUAAGAAAUGAAUAAUAAACAAAUGAGAAAUGAAUAAUUAACUAAUUUUAACAAACAACCUAAAUAUAAAAUACUAUCUAAUAAUACUAUGAUCAACUAUCUAAUAAUACUAAGGUAAUUACCUAAUUACUAAUGAUAUAAGCAAUGUAUAUAAUAAUAAAGAGUGAUAUAUACAUAUUAAGCAAUAACGUAUAUGUAUCUAAACUAACAAAACAAUAUUAAGAAAUGAAUAAUAAACAAAUGAGAAUUGAAUAAUUAGUUAAAUUUAACAACCAACCUAAAUAUAAAAUACUAUCUAAUAAUACUAUGUUAAUUAUCAAGUAAUAAUGAUAUAAGCAAUGUAUAUAAUAAUAAUGAGUGAUUUAUAUAUAUGCAAUAAGAAGUAAUGUAAAUGUAACUAAACUAAGAUGAACAGAAUAUAAAUACAAAAUUAAUGAAUUUAAUAUAAUAGAAACAUAAUAAGAAAAUAGAAGUUAAUAGAAACAUUAAUAAAAAUGAUAACCAAAUGUAAGUAAAAAUUACAGAAUGAAAAUUGAAUGAACAAGAAUAGCAUGUCAGUCAAGAAUGUCAAUCAAUAGAUAACCUGGAGUCCACAUGGGAACUAUGCGGUGGCAUAAAAACUUAAGUUUUACCUUUCGUCCAGUGGCCCAAUUUUGUCCAAAUUUAUGGGAGAGGUAUAACUUAAUGACCCGAACACCAACAGACUCACAGGACACUUCUAAUAAGUUCACCGGUUGAAAAAUAACAGGAAAACCAAUGGUUUCACGGCCACGUGGGCACCCCUUGGUGUUAUUUUCCCUGAUAGCUCUGUUAUUUCACAUUCAAACUACUUUUUGCACGAAGGUGCACGGACGCAAAAUUAACAGUUUUAAGCACAAUUCAACUAUGGGGAAACAAAUGUUCGCCAGUUAAAACGCAUUUAAGCGGAGGAGUGUCCUUCUCAACCUCACUCGACGACUCCAGGGACACAACUCCCAAUCUUUAGAUCAUUUGUAGGUAUUGCAGUUGUUGGUGCCUGGAAGUUUUUAAAUAUUUUGUUUUUCCUUCAUUUACAUGAAGGCCCACUUCUGCUGCUUCCCUUUCAAACUCCUCAAAAGCUUCUUCUAUUCUAGUGCUCCACUGCUUCUUGCCAUUAUGAGUACAUCAUCCGCAUAUGCCAAGUGCUGUGUGAAUCGAUCAUAAAUUGUUCUAUUAGGGUUGUUGGUUCGUAUUGCCCUAAUAGCUUUUUCCAAGGCUAAAUUGAAAAGGACAGGUAAUAUUGGGUCUCCCUGCCUCAGGCCACUAUUUACUUCAAAUUCUUCUGAUAGCAUUCCCUGUAUUGUUUAUCUUCAUCCUGCUAUCGUGCAUUUUAAUUUUUGCUAGCCUAGUGAGCUUCCUGGGAAUUACCAAUUCAAGCAUUAUCUUCUGUAGUUCUUCUCUAUCAAAGCUGUCAUUUUCCUGCUUAAAAUCGAUAAAUAAAUUAUGGAGGUCAACGUGAAUCAUAUCCCCUUUCAAGAAUUUGUCUCAAUGAGAAUAUUUGAUCGAUGGUUGAUCUUCCAGGCCUAAAACCACACUGAUAGUUGCCCACUAUCUGUUCGGAGAACUUAAUCAGCCGUCGGUUCAAUAAUACAUAAAAUAUCUUGUAGGCUGUAUUCAGUAGUGCGAUCCCUCGAUAAUUACCACAAGAUAGUUUGUCGCCUUUUUUAUGAAUGGGGCAUAUCGUUGCCAUUUCCCACUCUUCAAACCAAAUAUCCCACACCAAUUGGAAUAUAUAUCUUUUUAAAUCAUCCCCUCCAUUUUUGAGCAUUUCUGAAUGUAUGCCAUCAAUACCAGGAGCCUUAUUGUUACUUAAUUCGCCAAUGAUUUCUUCAACUUCUUCCUGUUCAGGCGGUUCUACUUCUUCAUCUCCUUCUCCGGGUACACCCAGUCGGCAUUUCAGCAGCUUGAUUCUUUCCUCUCCAUCUUUGUGCUUAGGCUCUACAAGAAUUUCCCUGAAAUAUUCAGACCAUCUCUGCAAUAUUUUAGCAGGCCCACCUAUUAUGGCCCCUUCUUUUGUCUUGCAUUAUGAAAUGUUUGGUAGGAAGCCUCUUUUAAUUUCCUUAAUGCCUUUAUAAAGCUUCCUUGUGUUCUUUGAGCUGUGAUCAUUCUGGAGUUCCUCUAACUACAUAUUUAGCCAUGUUCUUUUUUUCUGACAGAAGAUUUUUUUGGCAUUCCUCCUCCUGGCAGAGUACUCAUCUCGGCUUGCUCUAGUCAGUCUUUGUAGCAUUUUUAUUCGCUCCUCUUACUUCGCUGUCAGGGCUUGAUGGCAUUCCAAAUCAAACCAACAACAUUUCUUCUCUUUCCUAAUACUUCAUCUGCUGCUUUUCCCAAGCUGAUUUUGAUAGCAUUCCACCUGGUGUCAAUAUCAUUACUAUUUAAUUGUUUAGAAGCAUCUAUUAGUUUGUCAGUUACUUUCUGUGCAAAUCUUUUACUACAUUCCUCUUCCUUCAGUUUACUCACAUUUAAGCCCUGUAGCUUUCCAACCAUUACUCGAGGUCGCAGUGAUAUUUUGUAUUUGAAGAAAGAUUUUACAAGAUAGUAGUGAUCUGUGUCACAGUCAGCACCUCUAUAACUACGUACAUCUUCAACGCUGCAUGCAUGUCUUUUGUGUACCAGUCUAUUUGGUUUUUAGUGUUAACAUCUGCUGAUAUCCAGGUUUCUUUGUGGAUUUCCUUGUGCUUAAAAUGUGUACCCAUUAUCCUGAAGCUAUUUUCUGUAUCAAAGUCUAUUAAUCUCAGCCCAUUGUCAUUGGAGUCCUGGUGUUUGCUUUGCAUACCAAUAAUUGGUUUAAAAACUUCUUCUUUGCCCACUUUCGCAUUAAAAUCGCCCAGAAUGAUUUUUACGUCAUAUGCAGGAAUUUCUUCUAAUUCAUUUGUAAGGGUCCCAUAGAAGUCUUCUUUAACUUCCUCUUCCUUUUCUUCAGUUGGGGCAUGUACACUAAUCAAGGAUACAUUACAGAACUUCUCCUUUAUCAUUAUCUUAUACAUUCUCUUGUUUAUUAACUUAUAAUCUAUUAAAGCAUGCUUUAAUGAUUUUCUUAUCAUGAAACCUGUUCCAAAAACAUUGUUUUCAUCUCCACUAUUUAUCAUUGUAGAUCUGCUCAGAUCCUGAAUCUCUACAUUCUUCCAUUUGCUCUCCUGAAUUGCCACAAUAUCCAUGUUACAUUUAUCCAGUUCCAAUUCUAGAUUCUUUCUUUUCCCUGGUUGGUUUAAUCCUCUUACAUUCCAAGUCGCUAUUUUGAGAUCAAUUCCUUUUCCAUGCCUAUGUUGUCUCCUUAAAUCAGUCCGGCUAUAUUUCCUUUGAGGUUUCAUAAUACUUCUGGUUUAAGGGGUGUGGGUUAUUAGUAGUGUUGCCCAAAAUCGGUCUUGGUCUUGCCCUUUUGCAAGACCAAGACCAAACCCUGCUGGUCUUGCAGUUAAGUCAAACUGAGAAUAUUUUCAGGUAUAGUACGGUGCUUAAACAUUUUAAUCAUAUAAUCUAAACAGCGUUGUUUUUUCUUAUGGAAUUGUAUAUCUGAGUAUAUCUUUCCAAAUAAUAAUAAAAAAUUAAUCUUUUUUUUGUUCUCCCCCUACCUCGCCUUUUAGGUUAUACGGGGGUUUUCGCGGGCCAUGGAUGAGGGCGGGAGAUUAAUGCCAGAGUUAAAAGAACCCCAGCGGGUACAAAAAUUAUUUUAUUGUCUCUAAUUUGGUUAUCAGGUUGCCCGGCAACGCACAGUGCUGUCCACAAUCGUUAGUCCGCUCGGCCACCCAGCCCCUAAAAAUUAAUCAUUUGCAAGCACCGGAGCAAGAUAAGAAAACAAAACAUAAAUAAAAAUUAAGACUAAAUGGUUACUAAUACUAGCCCAUUUUAGUUACUAUAAUGAAAUUUUUCCUCAAAGAAAGCAGACACUCACAGGGAAUCAAAAAUUCCACUUCCUUCUUCAAAAUGAAAUUGUUUCUCAGCCAACUAAUUUGUGAGAAAACUUCUUUAAUAUUCACUCAGAGAUCACGAAAAUGUAUCAUCAGCUCAAAGGUCCACUGCGAGUAUAAUUGUUCGAAAUGAUUGUACGAAUGCUGGAGGGUUAAGAUACAAGCCUAGUGAAAUCAUCAAUGAACAACGGCUUAAGUCGAAAGAAAUUAUUUCUUUUGCAUUGUCAUUUCUGUGUUUGGCCCGCUAUUAGCAGUAUUCGUUAUUUCUUUAAACUUUCUGACCAGCAACUUUUAAUCGAGUGUCUAAAUUGCAAAUACUUUCUGAUACACUCAUUAAUUAUGCACCUUUUUCUUUGAAAUUUGACCAGAACCAUGUUGACACAUUAUAAUCAAAUGUGUGCAAAUGACAACAAAGGGUUAAGACUAAAUUCUAUUUUAAAACCGGAUUUCUUGGUGGAACUAAGCUACAGGAAAGUUCCGUAUAGUCAUCCCUAACUGGAUAUUUUUGGCUAUAAUUCUAUAAAUCCGUUUUCCUUUUAUUUUCGUUGCUAUUAUGUGAGCAAUGAAUAUAUAAUCAAAAAUAAUAUAUGAAAAUACAAAAAUAAAUGACAGUGUGGUAGAUAACGUGAGAUAUCUUAUAAAAUUCAGGAUUUUUUUUCGAUCAUUAGAAAUUCUUGUUUUAGCUUCUAAAUACUUCAAAUACGAUAUUAUAAUUUAUGUUUUUUUAUCUUAAUAAAUUUGAAAUUGGUUUCAUCUACUGAAAAACUCGUUUCACGAAAACUGAUUUUUUUAUUGUAAAUUUCAGAAAAUAUCAAUAUUAUUAGACUUUCCGCUAGCAAAAUAAUAUUUUUUUUUUUAUUUUUUAUUUAUUUUUUUUUUUUUAUACUUGUACUGAUACUAAUAAACAGGAUUCAGACCUUCAACAUAACAUUCAGUAUAACAUUAUUUUUUCUUACCUUAUUUUUUAAACGCUUUUUUUUUACUCAUACCGUUCAAUUAUUGUCCAUGAAUUGUUCUUUAUUUUCCUUAUAGUUCUUCAUUCUUAUAAUUGAUAAUUUUUUUACUGUACAUCCUACAGAUUUUUUAUCUUUCCUUUUGUAUUUUAUUUGAUAUAUAACUUACGACACAGUACUACAUUAACGUUUAUUUUUAUUCUGGUCAUAAUAGUUAUUAUAAUUUACUAGUAAUUUCUUUAUAUAAUUAAUAAUUUAAGUUUUCCUUCGAGUAACAGGUAUUGAGAAACGUCAACAAAUAUUAAUCGCAAGAGGCCUCAAGUCAACUGUGGCAACUAUUGUUUGUUAAUUAUUGAUGUAUACAUCUCAAUGAUGGUUUUCGAACAAUUCUCAAAGAAUGGAUAGAAUCUAAAAAUUUGCAGUGGAAGGAAUGCACAGAAUUGCCAUGAAACUUCCAAAAUUACAUAAACUGUGAAAUGAUUCCCGAUGAGCAAAAUAAAUGUUGUUUUUUUAGUAUUUCUAUCCUCUAAAAAGUGGAAAAGCAUUUUAGUUGACAUUACCAAAGAUUUUAUAAUAAUUCUGUGAAAACUGAAAUUAUUGGUUAGCCAAUUUCAGGCUAUAUUGUUCAUAAUCUCUAAGUGCCCAAAAUAAUAAACCCUAAGUACCUAAACUACUAAUAAAAGCUUUUAUGAAUUUUAUGUGCGAAUCUAACAUAUGUGCUAAAAACAUUAAUCAAUUAAUUGUAUAAACAUACGUAUUUGUGAUUUAUGAAGUUUAAAAUUAACAGUAUACGGCUCUAACGAUUUUAAUGAAACUUUCUUCUAAUUUUCUACUUGAAGCCAUUUAAAUUUUCAUAUUUUUAAUGAAUUCUCGAGACAAUUCAAGAAAAAAAGUUAUAAAAAAAGAAAAUUGUUUUGGGGAGCUAACUCACCACGUAUACACCUAUCGGUUUUAAACGGAUCUAAACGUUUCUGAGUCUGUUUUGAAGGCUAUUUUUUGAAAGGUUAUUAAAUUUCUGACAAAAAAAUCAUCUGAAUCGGACCAGUUUUAGCUAUUAUAGUAUAUAUUGUUUUCUUUACGCUGAUUUUAGUGGUAGUUCACUUACCCGUUUACAUUGCUUGUUUCAUCUAAAGAAUCGUACCCUAAUGAUUUCACUGAUCGGUUUUUAAUAAAAUUAAUCUAUUUCAAUUGUUUUUUUCUGAUGGACGCAUUUAAAGUUGUAUUUUUUUUUUUAAAUAUAUUGGAAAGUUUUGUAAGUGGACACAAUAGAUUUUUAAUUAAAAUUAUUGAGAACAAUAUAUAAAUUGUCUUUACUCUACAACUCUUUCAUUCCAUAUAAUCAGAGGGAUAGAGGAGGGUUAUCGCUAUCUUUCUUUAUUCUUAAUUUUAUUAAUUUAGUUGUACUUUACAAUGUUUAUGCCAAUAAAACAUGUAAUUGUAAUUAUUUUGUAGCGUUUUUCUGAGAUUUAAAGUAGCAUAUUAAUAAAUAGCAAUAACCUGAUAGUUAAUUGCAAGACCAAGACUAAGGUUCGUUGACACUAGACCAAGACAAGACCGAGGCGGUCUUGGUCUUGGUCUUGCGUUUGGGCAACACUAGUUAUUAGCCAUUUCAUCCCCUGAUUCCGGUGGAGGGGCUGCCUCCUCUAAGCCUCCUGAACUGUUUCACCAUCCGGGGCUUCCUAGGGUAGGUGACCCUAAGGUAUGUUGUGUCUGUGACCUUUGUCUCUAGUAUGGGGUGUAUGUAGUGUGCUGUAAUUAGUGUACUGAGUGUAUAUCAGAGUACUGUUCCCCCAACCUGGAGGGCCAGUGGCUGUUUGCAGUCUGAUGACUGGACGAUAGGGCCGACACCUCCCUGCGCCAGAUAGCCGUAUUAAUAUCUUGCUUAAAAACAUUUAAUUUUUAUCUAACUUAGUUAAGUUAGCAAUACUGUCAUCAAUCUUUCAACUUACCAUUUUUUUAAUUAGGUGUUAAUGUAUGUAUUUUCAAGUUAAUAAUCAGACUGUCUUAAAUGCAUUAAUAUCUUAUAUUAUACUUUCAUUUUAUGUCAGUUACGGUCUUUCUUAUUCAUGUACCUUAAUUUUAGUUUAAUUUAAUCAUUAAUAUUACUGCAGAGAACAUAUAAAACCUAAAUUGUACAAAUGACCCUUUGUCACUCUUUUGUAAAAAUAAAUUUUACUUUUCAAUUUUGUUUCUGAUGCCAUACAUUAGGAGUGUAAAAUACCUUAUUUCAGUGCCCUGCAUUUUAAUGUUUACUAUUUGUAGCCAAGAGUAAUUUAUUAAAUUGGAUUACAUUUACA